GGCCUCCCGUGGAAAACGACCUUAAAGGCACUGGCUUGUGUGGCAUGGUCCACAAUGGCCAACCGCUUCAACACAUCGGAGCCAUCACUUGAUUGAUGUUGCAUGCUCUGAUCAGAUGGCUCUGGCGCCUCCCAGUUACUGUUUUGUUGCAUUUCCACCACAUACUAAAGAUGGCCUUGUAGUAGUUGGAAAGAAUUCCGCACGGCCUAGGGAUGAGGUACAGGAGGUUGUUUAUUUUGCUGCUGCUACUCAUGAUCCAGGAUGCAAAGUUGAGUGCACAUACAUUGAGAUUGACCAGGUGUCCAAGACACAUGCUGUUGCAUUGAGCAAACCUUCCUGGCUCUGGGGGGCAGAAAUGGGAGCCAAUGAACAUGGAGUCUUCAUUGCGAAUGAAGCCAUUGUCACCAAAGAGCCAGCUUCUGAAACGGAAGGUCUUCUAGGAAUGGAUCUCGUCAGGCUUGGUCUAGAAAGGGGUGCAACAGCUAAGGAAGCGUUGGAUGUAAUCGCCUCUCUGUUGGAAGAGCAUGGCCAAGGUGGAAAUUACUAUGAAGAUGGGAAUUUGUGCCAUGCAUUCCAGACUGGUUAUCUAAUAGUGGACAGAAAAGAAGCGUGGGUAGUAGAGACUAUUGGGAAAUACUGGGCUGCAGAAAAAAUUACAGAGGGAGUAAAAUGCAUCUGCAACCAGCUUUGCUUAACCACAAAAAUUGAUGCAGAGCAUUCUGAGCUUAGAAGUUACGCAGAAAGUCAAGGAUGGUGGACCACAGAUACGGAGUUCAACUUCGCUCAAGUAUUUUCUCAAGUGGAUAAUCAUUCAGAUUGUUGUAUAGGGAAGGAGAGCCUAGAAAAGCAAGAAGGCAACAUCACUGUGCAAUCAGUGAUUGACAUCCUGCGUGAUAAGGCUGGCGGUAUAUGUGUGGAUUCGGAGUCUUUUCUUACUACAGCGAGCAUGGUGUCUGUAUUAUCUCAAAACCUUAGUUCACCGUGCAUCCAUUAUUUCACUGGCACACCAGACCCAUCGAGGUCCAUAUUUAAACCUUUUAUCUUUGCUGAUGAUGUGAAAUUAGUACCAAAAGUUCAGUCACCCAUUUUUGGUAGUGAUGAUCCUGUGAAAAAAAUCCCCCGGUUCCAGGAGAAACCAGACCGCAGGCAUGAGUUGUACAAGGCACAUGAGUGGGCCCGAUAUGUCAUAGAGACUGAUGAGGAAAAAGGUCAGAAGCUACGAAGAACCAUGUUAGACCUUGAAAAACAAGGUUUGGAAGCCAUGGAGAGCAUCAUUACCAGUUCAGAGGUUCUUGAUCCUUCUGAAGUAGAGGAUCUUUUCUAUGACUGUGUCGAUACAGAAAUUAAGUUCUUCAAGUGAAUGACCAUAGACACUGUUCGCCUUUGCAUAAGAAGACCAUAAAGCUCUUCAAGCCUUGAAAGAGAAUCUCGCCAUAUUGCUGAAUUUGGGAGGAAAUUUUCAUCUUUUUAGAGAUAUUCCUCAGUAGCUGUAUCCGGUUAACGCAUUCCUUUCCCUUUUUUCAUCAUGUGUUGUCCUGUGUGUGUUGUUAAAAGAGAGCAUUCACUGACUGGUUCAAUUACUGUGUGCAUGCUGGCUAAUGUAAUGGAGAAUGUUUUGAUUCGUUUGGGCAACAAAACUUAAACCAAUGAGUGAGCCAAGGCCAUAUAAUUCUCAAUAUUGCCUUUCAAAUCAAACAAGUCCCUGCAAUAAUUUCUCUUCUCAGUUGUUUUUGUGUGUGCAUAGAGUUGCAAAGGAAAAAUGUAUUGGAUGCAUGUGUGUAGAAGAAGAGCUUUACCACCAAGAAAUAUUGAGUUGAAAAUUGGUCCUUUGCUUAUUAGUCCCUUCAGCAAUGGAAUAGCUUCUCACGUUCUAAUUCUAGUGAGUAGGAUUCAGGUCUACCGAGUUUCAUACCGCAUCACUUGUGUACAUCUUGGAAAAAUAACUGUGUCUCUUGCUUCUGCUGCCCCAUUCCAUACUACUGCAUAUCAAGCUGUGCUGUUGGGUUUGCAUAACCCAUUUCCCCCCCAGCUGUAUCUCUGAAUAGUACUGAUGCAGUGACUGCAAAUAAGGACCACUCCUCAUGUUACAACGCCCAGCUGGAAGCCGCUGAAGAAAAGUUUAUACAGGUUUCACUGAAGUUGUUCCUAAAACAAGUAGUACUUUACGCAUACUUAUUUCUAGGUUCUAUCAAAGUCAAGAGGGCUCACGUUCAAAUGGUUCUCUUUAGAGCUGUCAUUGCUAACUGUAAGUCUGUACAACUUUGCUAACACUGACUAGAUUUUACUUGCAUGUGAGA